GAGGCUGCUGGUGCUGAGGAAACACGCACGGUGAACCUCCGGCUCACUGAGAACUUUGGAUGAAUUAAAACCACAAGGCUUUGAAACAGCGGACACUUGGAUGUAGGGGGGGAAUCUUGCAUUUUUUGUGUGUGUGAAGGGUGUCCAGAGUCGGUCGCUUUAAGUGGGGCUGAGAAAGUUGUCGACAGCGGGAGUUCGCGGGGAACGUUUUGCGGACAGACAGACGGACACAGAGGGAGGAUUGGGAUGCUGCUCCUCCGCGCGCUCCGCUCCUUGCUGUGCGUCGUGAGCUGCGCGUGGCUGCACGCCGGAGCGGCCUCGCGGCUCAAGUCUCCCGCUCUGCCCAUCCAGUCAGAGAGGGAGCCGCUGCCCUCCAAAGGCCUGUCAGGAUGCUCAUUUGGAGGCCGGUUCUAUUCUCUGGAGGACACAUGGCACCCAGAUCUGGGUGAGCCCUUCGGUGUCAUGCACUGUGUUCAGUGCCACUGCGAACCGCAAAAGAGCCGUCGUGGCAAGGUGUUUGGGAAAGUCAACUGUAAGAAUAUCAAACAGGACUGCCCAGACAUCGACUGUGACGAUCCCAUCCUGCUACCGGGACACUGCUGUAAAACCUGCCCCAAAGGUGCGGAUGACAAGAAACAGACAGACUCUGUGUUGGACAGUUUUGAGUAUUUCCACGAGAAAGGCAAAGAGAAGGUGGAUGACCUCCACAAAUCUUACAAUGACCGAUCCUAUCUGAGCUCUGAGGAAGUGGGCCCCGGAGAGAGCCGCACAGACUUUGUGGCAGUGUUGACAGGAGUGACAGACUCAUGGCUGCCCAGCUCCAAUGGUGUUGCAAGAGCUCGCUUCUCUCUGACCAGAACCAGCCUGGCCUUCUCCAUCACAUACCUGAGAAUGGACCGCCCCAGUAAGGUAACCUUUCUGGAUUCAGAUGGGACCACUGCUUUUGAGUUCAGAGUCCCCAUGGGACAGUCAGACAUGAUCUGUGGAGUAUGGAAGAACCUGGCGAAGCCUCUUGUGCGACAGCUGCAGUCUGAGCAGUUGCGCAUCAGCAUGACAACAUCGACGAGCAGACAAGAGGAAGUGGAGGGGAAGAUCAUCAAACACAGGGCGCUAUUUGCUGAGACAUUCAGUUCAACACUGACAUCCGAGGAAGAGAAUUCAGGCAUGGGAGGCAUCGCCAUGUUGACGCUGAGUGACACGGAGAAUAACCUGCACUUCAUCCUCAUCCUUCAAGGCCUCAUCAAACACAAAGACAAAGAGCCAGUUGUGGUUCCCAUUCGAGUCCAGCUUGUGUACCGCCAGCACGUCUUGAGAGAGAUCCGAGCUAAUGUCACAUCUCACGAUCCAGACUUUGCUGAGGUGCUGACAGACCUGAACAGCCGCGAACUGUUUUGGUUAUCUCGUGGUCAGCUGGAGAUCGCCGUGGCAACUGAGGAUCAAGAUCCCCAGCAAAUCUCUGGCUUCAUCACCGGCAGGAAAUCUUGUGACACUAUUCAAAGUGUGAUGUCCAGUGGUGAUGCACUCACCCCAGGGAAGACAGGAGGUGUGGGAUCUGGUGUCUUCUACCUCCAUGAUAAUGGCACACUGGACUACCAGGUUCAGGUCGCAGGUCUCACCAGUGACUUCCUUGGCCUCACUAUUGAGUUGAAGCCUCGACGACGCAACAAGCGCUCUGUCCUGUAUGACCUGACGCCAGAGUACAACAAGGCCACGGGCCAGGCGCAGGGCAGCUGGAGUCGCCUGGAGGCUCGACACAUCCAUAUGCUGCUGCAGAAUGAGCUGUUCAUCAAUGUGGCGACGGCACACAACCAAGAGGGGGAGCUGAGGGGGCAGAUUAAGGCCCUGCUUUACAGUGGCCUGGAGGCACCCAGAUAUGAAUUGCCAGUUCCUCUAGCUGGCCACUUUGUGUCUCCACCAGUAAGAACGGGUGCGUCCGGCCAUGUCUGGGUGUCAGUGAACAAACAGUGUCAUCUGCAUUACGAGAUCGUUGUCGCAGGCCUCAGCAAGGCCGACGACCUCACCGUGAACGCCCACCUCCACGGACUGGCUGAGAUUGGUGAAAUAGACGAUAGCAGCACCACUCACAAGAGGCUGCUGACUGGCUUCUAUGGCUCUCAGGCUCAGGGAGUGUUAAAAGACAUCAGUGUUGAAUUACUGCAGCACCUCGACCAAGGAACAGCCUUCAUUCAGGUCAGCACCAAGACGAACCCCAGAGGAGAAAUACGAGGACGGGUCCAUGUGCCAAACAACUGUGAAUUUGGGACCAGGGGGGGCAUGGAGGAGGCUGAGUUUGAUGACCUCUUUGUGAAGGACCCUGAGGAGCUAAAGAAUGACCCCCAUACCUGCUUCUUUGAGAACCAGCACCAUGCUCAUGGCUCCCGCUGGACCCCCAACUAUGACAAAUGUUUCUCCUGCAGCUGCCAGAAGCGAACUGUGAUCUGCGACCCAGUCAUCUGUCCAGUGUUGACCUGCUCUAGAACUAUUCAGCCUGAGGACAAGUGCUGCCCGAUCUGUGAUGAGAGGAAGGAGCCCAAGGACAUGAAAGCUCCAGAGAGGGUGGAUGAACAUCUUGAAGGUUGCUACUUUGAAGGAGACCAGAAGAUGCAUGCCCCAGGAACCACGUGGCAUCCCUUUGUACCUCCCUUUGGCUACAUUAAAUGCGCUGUCUGCACUUGCAAGGGAUCUUCAGGGGAGGUUCACUGUGAGAAAGUGACAUGUCCGGUGUUGACCUGCAGUCAUCCCGUCCGACGCAAUCCCUCCGACUGUUGUAAGGAGUGUCCAGAGGAAGAGCAGACUCCUGCAGGCCUGGAACACAGUGACAUGAUGCAGGCAGAUGGCCCAAGGCACUGCAAGUUUGGCAAGAACUAUUACCAGAACAGUGACAACUGGCAUCCCUGGGUACCGCUGGUCGGGGAGAUGAAGUGCAUCAAUUGCUGGUGUGAUCAUGGUGUGACUAAGUGUCAGAGGAAGCAGUGUCCAGUACUGACCUGCACCAACAUCACCCGCAUAGAGGGUGCGUGCUGUCCUGAAUGCCUUGAUUCCAAAGAGGAAGACGACCUAAAGUCUCCGGACAAAAGGCGAACCCUGAGACACUGAUCUCCUCUACCCAUUGAACCCCCACCCUGUCCCCGAUGGACCCAAACCCAGAGCUGCACACUGGGUCUGCCCACUCCCCCCUCAACCUCACACCCACCCUGUUAUCAGCUUCAGGAUUGUAAUGAACAGUGAAAAGCAGAGAUGGAGAAAUACUGAAACAUGUUUUUUUUCCAAAGACUCAUUGAGUGAUGGGAUAAAGCUAUGAGGAGGACCAACCAGACUUUACAAACCUGCUGCAUUCUGCUUCUUGGCUUCCGUUUUCUCCCCUGGAAAUGUCUUUUUGCUAUUUUUUUUUUUUAAAACAGGAGAAAAUGUGUAGAUGUACAUAUGUGUAACACAGCCGUUCAAUGGGAUUGUUUCUCUGUUGGUCCAGUGUUGGCAGAACUGAACUGGACCGGCAGAUUGUGCAGGCUGUGUUUCAUUGACAGGGCUUCUCUUUGAAGUGCAGCCAUAGCUACUGCAGCUCUUCACCACUCUCACUGGAUAGAGAGGAAGGUGUUGUUUAAAUCUGUGUGAAUGUGUGUAUGUGUGUGUGUGUGUGUUUUUACCAGUGAAGUACAAGUAAUUAGCAAUACAGAAUCACAGUAAACUUCCUGGGUGGUGAGGCAGCAUCGGAAACUGUACAAACGCUGGAAAAACAGUGUUGUUUUCCACCUAUUGAGCCAGUUUUCAACGCUUAAUGGCUGUAAGACGAUAUUUCCACUUAGUUUCAGUUGUGUAGGCAUCAGGAUCAGCACUGUCACUGGCAGAGAGGCUGGUUGUUAUUUCUAAAACAAACAUGAGCUUUGCCUUCACCUCUGUUGAUCUCAUGACUUCUCUGCUUUGGUUGUUCCUGUUUCUGUUUCAAAUUAAGUAAUAUUUUAUGAAGUUUUCUAUCAUUGUUAUGAAGCUGGUUUGUAUUUUGUAUUUAUUGAAUGGUGUGGAUCAAAAUAAAAAAGAUGUUGGUAAAGA